AUGCGUUUAAAAAGAAGCGAUUUAUGGUCACAUUUCACUGUAAUACAUGACACUAAAUUUGCGAUAUGUAACAUUUGUAAAAGAAAAUAUUCUUUCAAGACAAGUGUCACCAAUUUAAAAACCCACUUCGACAAAUCACAUAAAUAUCAAAUAGUUGACAAAGUACGUAUUUCAAACAAUAAUAAAUUUGUAGUUUGUAAAAUUAAAUUUGAAUAUUUAAAUUUUCUUAAUUCCUAUAAAUAUGUAUAUCUAAUUUGAUAAAAAAUAUCUUUGUGUUAGUUAUGUUUCAAUAUAUUGAAACAAAAUAAAUUGGAUAUGAUGCUCUAACUUUGUAUACUGAUAAAUUAAUGUAAAUCAUAUAAAUCGAUUAUCUUUCAAAAUAAUUUGAUUAGCCAUUUGUUAGUGCUAUAUUAUGCUACUACUUAAAACCACAAUCACUGCCAUUGAUAUUUAUAUCUUUAUAAAUAUCUAUAAUAGUGGUUUAAUGAUUAUAAUCAAUAAAAUUUGAUUUAAUAGUGAGUAUAUCCAUAAAAUGUAUUUACCUACCUGUACAAACUAACUACAAGAUUAUAAACAAAUUGUAUAAUUUUUAUAAUCUAAUGUGAUGCCACUAAAUAUAAUUUAGAAGAUCUAAUAAUCUACAAUUAUUUUUUAAUGAUUUACCUUCAACAAAAAAUCAAAAUCAUAAAAACUGUUUUUCCAUAAAUCAUUCUUUUUUUCUGACUAUUUUCCUCAAAAAGAUUACCUCAAACAAUCAACUUCACAAAUUUGUUUUACCAAAAGCUAGUACAUUAAAACUACCUAGUCGGAGUUAUAUUUAAUAAUUUAUCAGUUCAAUAGAUUAAACAUUAAAAUAUGAAAUCACACUAAACACAUUUGCAAUAAUAUAAGAAAUUCUAAAACUAAUGAUCUGAAAACCAAUAAAAAAAUUGUCAAUACCAAAAUUACAACUGAAAUUAGAAAACUUGUCAGAUUGGUCAGGUAUGGUCUGUUGUUACAAUCUUAACCGAUAAAUGUUAAUUGACUGUCAGCUAGUGUACAGUUUAUGUAAUAGCAAUUUUAAUGUCAAAUUUAAAAAAAAAUCUUAAUUUAUGAAAUCAACUAUUUGGCUAUUGUAUAGUUUAACAUGUUUAAAUUCAUACAAAUAUUGAAUUAUUAAAAUAAAUAAUGUACAUUUCUUAAAAUAAAAAAUGUUUAAAUAUACACAUACAUGCACAUAUAUUUUUAAUGUAUAUUAACAUAAUUUUAAUUUUUCCUUUUAGUAUAGUAGUUCUACUUUUGCUAUGAUUAAAAGCAAUCUAGAAGAAGAAAACCAAAGUGAUCAUAAUGGAAUUGAAAUUGGGACAGCACUAAUGUUUCACAAUGAGACGGAAAGUACACCAACUGAAGAACACUUUAAUUCUCCAAAUUUUAGUGUUAGAUACGAUGAAACUGAUUUUAAAAAGACCGAGCCAAAAUCGACUUCACAAAAAACAAAAAACAAAAAUGAAAUACUUAAUACGAAGAAGCCUGUUGACAACAGUAAACUAACCUAUGAUGUUGAUGAAUUUAAUGUGUUUGGGGAUGUUGUAGCUCACAAAUUACGAGCUCUAAAAUCAAGACGUGUACAGUGUAUAGUUGAAUAUAAAAUAAAUAGUAUAUUGUAUGAUGCAGAAAUGGGUAAAUAUGACGAACCACAGCAGACCAGCCUUUGA